CACCAUAGUACUUCACAUCUCUUGUGUACCUAGAAACCAUGUCAGUAGCCGAUGAAAAAACAAACAUUAACAUUCUCAUGGUGUCAAUGGCCUUACAAGGUCACGUCAAUCCCAUGCUAAACUUCGCCAAACGCCUCAUUUCAAAGGGUGUUAACGUCACCAUUGCCACAACAGAAGAUGGUCGUGACCGCAUGCUCAAACACAUCGACAAAAAUUCUUCUGAUUCAGGAAUCAAACUCGAGUUCUUUUCUGACGGUCUCAGCGUUGACUUUGACCGCUCCGACACAAAAACCUUAGUCAAAACUAUCCAAGAAAAGGGUUCCAAAAACCUAUCCGACCUCAUCACCAACCUAACCAAAAAUGAAACAUUUUCAUGUGCAAUUGUCAAUCCAUUUGUUCCUUGGGCUAUUGAUGUUGUUGCUGAACAUGAAAUCCCUUGUGCAUUGCUUUGGAUACAAGCCUCUGCUUUGUAUUCAAUUUACUAUCAUUACUUCAACGUCACUGAUUCUUUUCCCAGUUUGGAGGAUCUAAAUGAGAAAGUGCAAUUACCUGGGCUACCAAUAUUAGAGGUAAGAGAUCUUCCUUCAAUGAUACUUCCUUCUAGUCCUCUUCAUUUCAAGGAAAUGAUGGAUGAUUUAUACAAACGUUUGAAUAAUGUGAAAUGGGUUUUAGGUGCUUCAUUUUUUGAAAUUGAAGAAGAAAUAGUGAAAUCAAUGGAUUCAUUAACUCCAAUUUAUCCUAUUGGACCAUUGGUUUCACCUUUUCUGUUAGGAGAAAAGGAAAUAAGUAAUGUUAGUGUUGAUAUGUGGAAUGCUGAAGAUGCAUGCAUAGGUUGGCUUGAUAAUAAACCAAAUUCAUCAGUUAUUUAUAUAUCAUUUGGUAGUUUGGUUGUGUUAUCACAAACACAAAUGAAUAAUAUAGUUACAGCUUUGAAGAAUAGCAACAAGAAUUUUUUGUGGGUUGUUAAGCCAGCAAAUAAUGGAGGAUAUGAAACAAAGGAUGCUGCUUAUGAAUUACCAAAAGAGUUUUUGAAAGAGACUGAAGGGAGAGGUUUGGUUGUGAAAUGGUGUGCACAGGAGAAGGUGUUAAUGCACCCUGCUGUUGCUUGUUUUCUAAGUCAUUGUGGUUGGAACUCAACACUUGAGACAUUGAUAACUGGUGUGCCUGUUAUUGGUUGGCCAUCUUGGACUGACCAACCAACAAAUGCUAUGCUUAUUCAGAAUGUGUUUAGGAAUGGUGUAAAAGUGAAAUAUGGGGAAGAUGGGGUUGCAAGUGUAGAAGAGAUUGAGAGGUGUAUUAGGGAGGUUUUGGAAGGGCCACAUGCUGGUGAGAUUAAGAAGAGGGCUACAGAAAUUAAAGAGUUGGCAAGAAAAACUUUACAGGAAGGUGGUAGUUCUAGCAAGAACUUCAAUAAGUUUAUCAGUGAAUUGGUUGUUAAGAACGAUCCAAGGGUGGUGCAAGAAACUUCAAUAAGUUUACCAGGGAAUUGGUUUUUAAGAACGAUCCAAGGGUGGUGCAGGAAACCUCAGACAAAGAGGUAAUUGUUGAGCUUCAAAUUGAAGGUGGAGAUAAGAAUCACAAGUACAAUGAUAUUGUUAAGAAUGAUCUAAGCAUUCUUUAACAAGUACAACUGUUCUUAUCACACCUCCAGUUGGUGACACCAAUUCUGAAGUAAAGGGUGAUUCUGAAUUCAUAUUGAAUAAGUUUGUAGCUCAGGAAGAUCAUCGAAGGUUUGAUAGAAAACGCAACUUUGCAGACAUUUGAAAUUUUCAUGAUUUUCUAUGAAUAAUACUAGCGUGCAUAUGUUUGUUUAACUUA